CGGGCUCAGUCGAGGGUGUCACAGCAGAGUUCAGGCAUGAAGCUGUUAACUUCUCUUGUAGUGACUCUGCUUUUGGAGACUGCAGUGAACAGCCUCCCGGUCCUGCAGAACAGGAAUGGGCAGACGUUUAAGAAGUUGCUGUUGAUUUCGUUCGACGGCUUUCGCUGGGACUACGACCAAGACGUGGACACUCCUCACCUGGACAAGUUAAUUACGAAGGGAGUGAAGGCUAAGUACAUCAAUCCUCCUUUUGUGACCAUGACAUCGCCUUCACAUUUCACCAUGAUCACAGGACGAUGGAUCGAGGAACAUGGCGUGGUCCACAACAUGCUUUACAACAGCAAAACUCUGAUCAAACUUCCUCACAAAAUCACGCUUCAAAAAUCAGCAUGGUGGGACAACGGAGUCCUCCCACUGUGGAUCACUGCUCAGAACCAGGGAAAAAAAGUUGCAUCAUUUCAUUAUCCUGGAGGAAACGUGACCUACAAUGGACAGACAGUGUACAGAUCAUUGGGAGAAUCCCUAACUCAUCCAGACGCCAAUGAGACGGAAUGGAGAUUGAACAUAGACAUCGUCCUGGACUGGUUUGAGAAGGAAGACUUUGAUUUUGUAACUCUUUACUACGGGGAACCUGAUGGGGUUGGACAUCAAGUGGGACCAGAGACGGAGGAGAGGCGUGCUAUAGUUCGGCAGAUCGACAGAACCAUCGGUUACUUGGUGGAAAGUAUUGAGAGACACCACCUGACGGAUAGCCUAAAUGUGAUACUGACUUCUGAUCAUGGCAUGACCACGAUAAAGAAAGCUCCCGAUUACGAAGAGAUCAAAUUGUCAAAUUUUCUCAACUUUACAAAUAUCAAAUUGGAGAUAUUGGACUACGGAGGGUUCGGAAUAAUUUUCCCACGUGAAGGGAAGGAAGAAGAGAUCUACCAAUCCCUGAAGGGCGCACAUCCUCAUCUGAAAGUGUACAAAAAGGCAGAAUUACCCGAGAGGUUUCACUAUAGUAAAAACGAGCGGAUUAUGCCCAUCCUGGUUUAUGGAGACCUUGGCUACAACAUAAAUGGGAGAAUCAUACUUUACGUCAAUAAGGGAGAUCAUGGAUUUGACAACGAAGAAAUGGAUAUGAAGAUGUUUUUUCGAGCCUUUGGUCCAGAUUUUAAGAGCAAUUAUCUGUCAGAGCCCUUUGACAGCAUUAACAUAUAUCCUCUGAUGUGCAAGUUAUUAGGAGUCAGGCCAGAACCUAACAAUGGUUCAUUGCCCAUCACAGAAGAUAUGUUGGUGAAUUCAAAUAAAAAAGUUUCCACAAGGUCAACCAGAUACUCUGCAACUACUGGACUAAGUGCUGUCACUACCCUUCUGUUCCUGACAUUCAUUGUGUACGUCUCGCACACUCUUAUUCAACGAGGCAAACGGUCCAAAAGAGCAAACCCUCACACAGACAUGGAUGAAAAAGUUAUUUCACAAACAGAGUUUUGAGACAAAGUUGGAAGGAGUUUCGCAAACAACUCGAUCUGGUUUGUGAACUACCCCCGAAAAAUCCUUUUUGGGUAAUGAAAUCCCAUCCCAGCAGUGUAUUCAAAUGAAUUUGAAUAUCUUGUUUUGAAUGACUUUGAUGCGUACAUUCAAUCUUGAAAAGCCAAAUUGUUCGUUGGGAGAAUUUAUUUUCCUUGGGGCAAUGUGGGCUGGAAGCGCUCAGAUGAACAUUUUCCUCCUUUUAUACUGCUGUUUUCUGUACGAUUACAUAUAUUUGUUUAGUCAUAAAGGCUGUGUUGAUGGUCGCUGAGUGCUGGAACGUACCGCCAAUAAUUGAUUGGGAUGCAGCUCUUAGAAUAUCUGAGACCUGCAUCUUGCACCCGGAAGCAGAUCGGAACUAGUCGGGGGUAACCAAACAAUUUUAGCGCUUUAGAGAUAACCAGGCCGAGAGAAGGAAUCAAAGAAACAUAUUUGCCUAAAAAAAAAAUCCCCGAAUCAUUUGCUUCAGAUGCCUCAAAUGAUGGUUGACACAAGGAGUUUGGAAGAAUUAAUCCAACCAGAUUUUUGGUUGCAAUGCCUUAUUUUUCUAUGGUAGUAAUAAUAAUAAAUAUGAUACAUACUA